UUGUCAUAACAGAGUCGGAGCAGCGGUAAUUGUUUCCGUAAAAUUGCAUCAAACUCCAACAACCAUCGUCGUCGGUUGCGUCUCAACAAAAAAUCAAUCAAUCAAAAGUUGAAAACACACAAAGCUUAGCUACAGCAGCUCCCAAGUUCCGAUCAGAUCCAACCACGCCCCAUUUCUCUCCCUCCUACUCGUAGGUCAAACGUCAAGUGUGAUUCCAGAGAAACCCAUUUCAUACUUUCACCACAAACUGAGGUUCUUACCUUCCUUGAAUUCACUUCAUCUGCUGGGACAUAUAGAGAGAGUUGAAGACUGUAUCAUUAGAACAUAUCUGUAUAUAUAGGGAGUGCCCACUGGGUCAAAGUUAAAAUCUUCGAAAUCCCUGCUGGGUAAAUAAAGACUGUGUGUACUAGAUCGCAUGCGCAGUCAGAGUUGUCUGUGAAUGGGAGCCAAAAAGGUUUGGCUAUUGAGUUUAGAUUAUUGAUGGAGCAAAGAAAACAGCUACGCGGUAGUAGCACACUCGAGGUUAUAUCCAAUCAGGGAGAUGUAGACAGAGAAGAGGUUUUAGAGCCUUUUGAUAUUGAAAAUGAAUCCAGGAAGGAGUCCAGCAGUUUUGAUGUUGGCUACAGUUCCGGUGAUAGCCUCGAAACGUUGCCUAAACCCUCAACAGAGGCUAUCUCUCCCGCUGACAUACUGAAAACACUCUUCUUUAUACUUGUAUGGUAUACUUUCAGCACAUUUUUGACUCUGUACAACAAAACUCUCUUAGGAGAUGAUUUGGGGAAAUUUCCAGCUCCCUUGUUAAUGAAUACCAUUCACUUUUCUAUUCAAGCGGUUUUAUCAAAGAUGAUAACUUGGUACUGGUCAGGAAGAUUUCAACCUGAUGUUGCCAUAUCAUGGAGAGACUAUUUCCUUAGAGUUGUACCAACAGCACUUGCAACUGCUUUGGAUAUAAAUCUGAGUAAUGAGUCACUGGUCUUCAUAUCGGUUACUUUUGCAACAAUGUGCAAAUCUGCAGCCCCAAUAUUUCUUCUUCUGUUUGCUUUUGCCUUCAGGUUGGAGUCUCCAAGCCUGAAGCUUUUUGGCAUUAUUUCAGUUAUCUCAGCAGGAGUGCUGUUAUCAGUUGCAAAGGAGACAGAGUUUGAGUUUUGGGGUUUCGUUUUUGUCAUGCUCGCUGCUGUCAUGUCCGGUUUCCGUUGGUGUAUGACCCAAGUUCUUUUGCAGAAAGAAACCUAUGGCCUGAAAAAUCCCUUCACAUUUAUGAGUUACGUGGCACCAGUGAUGGCUAUAGUGACUGGUCUUCUUUCUCUCCUUCUGGAUCCAUGGAGUGAAUUUAGAGAAAACAUAUACUUUGAUAAUGGAGCGCAUUUUACUCGAACUUGUUUCUUGAUGCUUUUUGGUGGAGCAUUGGCUUUUUGCAUGGUUUUAACUGAGUAUAUUCUUGUUUCGGUUACUAGUGCUGUAACCGUCACAAUAGCGGGGGUCGUUAAAGAGGCUGUCACCAUAGUGGUUGCAGUGUUUUACUUCCAUGACGAAUUUACAUGGCUAAAAGGUUUUGGUCUGAUGAUCAUCAUGGUUGGUGUCAGUUUGUUCAACUGGUACAAAUAUGAGAAACUACAAAAGGGGCACAAAACAGAAGAUGAGAAGCAGCUACAAGCUCCAAGUCAAACUGGAAAAUAUGUGAUACUCGAUGAGACGGAUGAUCAAGAAAAUGGUCCCUAAGCAUUAUUUUUGUGUGUUGGCCCUUACACCGUUCUCAGGUAACUCGUUUAUAUUGGGACAUCAUUGUAUGUGGACCUUCCUUGAGAAAACCCUAUAACACUUGAGAAAUUUUGAUGUUUCCUUGCCUUCAAAAGAGAUGAGAAGAACACAAGCCAUUUUGAAGAGUUUAAAUAAAAUUUCCCCACUCUUUUGCUUUUGUAAUUCUAUUGGUACUCGAGAUUGUUCAGAUUUGAUCCAUAUAAAGUAGUAAGCAACCGAUCAUAUUCGAUCCAGUAAAGCCUGUCUUUUUGCUAUAAACGUUAUCCGCCACCUAUCUGAAUGAGAGUUAAGGCAAAAAAAAGCCAAGAUCUCAUGUCCAAAAAUACCAAACUGAUUUCUCAAUCAGAGAUAGUAAUAACCAUCAACUUGAUCACAACUGAUAAUUUGCAUAGUGAUAAUUAUGUAUUUUAGACCAUUUUCAGAUUUAGACGUUUGGGGGUUUAGAUAUUCGAGCUUAGUCUUUAGUAUGAUCAUAUGUAUUUUAGACACUAAUACUUUAGUAUGAUCAUAUGUAUUUUAGACACUAAUAACAACCAUGAAAACAUAAAUUUGUUCAGACAUAACAACCCUUAUUAAACCAUCACUGCAUGGACAACAACACAUUAUGUAAAUAAUACAGUAAAUACUAGGUGGAGUUUCGGAGUUUUGCAUAAAGUCUUGGCAGUUGAACGAAAACAACAUACAGUAUCAUCUCUUCUCUUCUACUAUCGUACUCUCUCAGGCACAACCUGAAGUCUCGUAUUUGCCUUCCCACCUAUCAAUGCCAUCAAAUGGUCAAAAUAUUUAAGCACACAUUAAAAGGAUUGUUUCUUAGGAAGAUCUUAAUGCAAGAAAGUUUAUAUUAGCCCAAAAGAUAUAACACAGACCUGUUUGCUUCGGUUUCAGGGAUAAGAAGCUCAAUAUCACCCUCCAUGGGCUCAAACACCAAGUUGAUCUUCUCCUCAGCUACCUCAUCCAACGUCGCUGGAUUCCACUGCACCAAACCCAACCAUAUAAGUUUGCUUAGUAUGUAUGUUAGAUUGCUGAUCUCAGUUCUAAGAGUGUAAAAACAUACCUUGGGAGAAUUGUCUUUGUCUAUGGUCAGAGCUCUUAUACCCUGCAACGUUAUUACACAAUCAGAGAUAAACAUACAUGAUGCUUGUUA